AUGGAGGCCUCCAAACUUGAGAAGCUGCCAGCAGAGCUCAUCUUGGAUAUUUUCGAACGACUUUCGUCUCUACUGGAUAUUCUUGCCCUUGCUUCCACCUCGCCUGCUACCUUGAUGCAUUUCACCUCAAGCCGUCGCCGUAUCCUGGUCCAUUUUGUUAAUAAUCUAGAACAGUGGCUUGAAACCCUAAAGAGAAUGUCGGAUGCAAUGCUGGCCUGUCGCCUUAGGAUGAUUCCAUACGAUGUUACAAACCUGGACCCUCGACAAAUCGAGUCUAAGGUGAGAUCAAUCUUGCAAUCUCGACCAAUGCGCCCUUUAACACAUCAAAGCAGCCUCGGGGCUUUAUGUGAGCUAUGUCGCCUCCGAGGCGAGGCUCAGGAGAUGGCAACUAGAUAUGGACUUCAAGCUUGGGAUGCCCUUGAGAAUGAGGCCGCGUCGUACAUUGAUGCGGGUACGUGGAUUUGUCCUCCUUUACCCCGUCUCCCUUUGGUGCUGAGCAUGUCCGAGCUGCGUCGUCUCGACGAUGGAUAUCUGCAGUUCGAGAUAAAUCGUCAUUUUCUAGACUACGAUAAAACGUCGCUACUGGAAACUAAGCUCAGCUUCGAUAUGACUUGGUGCUUGGAUUUCGGUCUGGUUGGACCAAAGCCGCUCAGAUGGGACUUCAUCACAACACGACACGUACGCGGUCCGUUCGAGCCUUAG